AUGGACCCCCUGGACAGAGCUACAGUACUCCUACCUUGUGACCUGUGUCAAAAAGCUGCCUUACAGAGUCAUUGUGAACUUUGUCUGAUUAACCUAUGUAAGGCUUGUGUAGGGGAACAUCUCUCUGAUUCUUCCAUCAGACACAAUGUUGUACCUUACAAACACAGAACGUCUUCCCCUAACGUUAACUACCCAUACUGUCCAAGCCACACCCAGAAAGGUUGUGAACUUUAUUGUGAAAAAUGUGACAUUCCUGUCUGUUCUAUCUGCAUCUCUUCUAAUGAACAUCAUGGACAUAAAUUAACAGAUAUCUUACAAAAACCAAGCUUCAUUAAAGAAAUUCUAUACAAGGAUUUGAAAGAACUAGAAAGACGAAUACAACCUACAUAUGAAGAAAUUGCAUCAGAUAUAAAAUCUGAAAAAGAAAAAUUGGAAAAACACUAUGAGAAACUGACUACAGCUGAAAACGAAAUCAAACAGAUUACUUCAGAAGUAAAACACAGCAUACAUGAUCUGAAGAAAAUAUUGGACUCCAAUGAUGCCUCCCUUACCUCUGCAUACAAAUCCAUGAAUGCUGAAUUCAGAAGUUUACCUCCUAAAAUUAAUGUUUUAUUACCAAAUUUCUCUCCUCAACAAAUCAACAGAGAACAGAUCCAUCGAAUGUUUGGUUCUCUGUCAGCAUUGUCCAUCACAACAAACAAACAUGGCUACACACUGAAGACACAAGAAGCUAUAUCCUGUCCUCCAGUCAAACCAAUGCUUAAUGAACCAGAGCUCAUCACCACCAUUAACACUGAGUAUGACGUUCUAUACAGUAUUACCUGUCUCAGUGAUGAAGAAAUCUGGACACGUGGACAUGACAAAAUUAUAAAACUCUACAACUUACAAGGCAAACCACUGAAGUCAAUCCAAACAAAGUCUGGUAACAUACCACAUGACAUAGCAGUAACAAGGAGUGGAGAUCUAGUUUGUACUGACCCUAGUAUGGGAACUGUAAACAUAGUGAAGAAUAAACAGAUACAGGAAGUGAUCACACUACAGGGGUGGAAACCUUACUAUGUCUGUAGUACCUUCUCGGGCGACCUCCUGGUUACAAUGGAAAGUGAUGAUAAUAAACAAUCAAAAGUUGUCCGUUACUCAGGCUUCAUACAAAAACAAACAAUUCAGUUUGAUAGUGAAAGUAGACCUCUGUAUUCAUCUUCUAUAUUUAAAUACAUCAGUGAGAACACAAACUUUGAUAUAUGUGUGGCUGACUGCGGAGCUAGUGCAGUGGUAGUGAACAAAUUUGUGGGAGAAAUACCCCACUUGGAGAAAAAUAUCCCAUCUGACACUUUUACUUCCUUGGGAUAUCUGAUGGGACUGAAAAUCAGACCAUUCUCCCAUGAGAUUCUACAUAUGUUUAAAGACAGACGUGUUUGUUGCACAAGUCAAUGGAUGCGAUUUUCAAACAAGUGCUAUCUGUUUGUUACACGUUAUCCUUUGAAUUGGAUUAAUGCAAUGACUUUCUGCAAGGCGUACGGAGCAAAGUUAGCCGAGGUUAAAUCAGCAUCAGAAAACAACUUUCUGCGACAUGAAGCCAAACGUCUGAGAGGAAGUUUCUGGCUGGGAGGUUCUGAUAUCAUAAUGGAAGGGACAUGGAAGUGGAUGACCUCUGACACAAGAAUAUAUUAUUUUACUUUGAUACCUGGACAGCCUGAUAAUCAUAGAGGCAAUGAACACUGUUUGCAUUUGGUUAGCAGUCAUCUAAAUUAUUGGAAUGAUGAUGCAUGCAACAAAAAAUAUAAUUUUAUUUCUGAAAAAUCUGCAGACCUGUAUAACUUGUUUUUUUAA